CUUAAGUACGAAAUUAUGAUGAAAUAGUAAAAAUAUUUAAUAUUUAGAAAUAAUGCAAAUUCGCAUUCAUUCUGUUCCUUCAGUCAGUUUGAAACUUACCUGUGUGGAAGGAACGGAACUCCAAAACUCGACACUUGAUAGUUGAGGUCCUCAUUGUCGAUGAUGCUAUAAUGUGGCCAUAAUACACUUGGCACGUGUUUUCGGGAUGAAAUUCAACAUUUGAAAAAGUGAAAAACCAAACGCAAUAUGACAAAAGUACGCAAACAAAAGCGCAAGAAGAGGUUCAGAGCGAACGUGAAUCGCAAACGUUUGCGAAACAAACUUCAAAAACUACCGAAAAUCGAUUGCAAAGAAAUUGAAAAUGAGUGGGAGCGCAAGAAAUCGAUACGCUCAAAUUUAAAUGAAAUGGGCCUAACAUACGAUCCUAACGAGGUUUUGCAAAUUCGCUCAAUAAAGCAAGAUUUGAUUGGAGUUAUUAAGCGGGAUAAAAUUAUCACCGAGAAUAAUGUUCAGGAAGUAGAUGAAGAAGAUUCUACGAAUCAAAUAAAUCUUUUCAAACGAAAGAUCCAUGUUGCCAACGAUCUCGAAAAUGAAGCCAAGGCGCCAAGGGAACGCUUAUUCCGUCUGCCCAAGAAUCAGGUUCAAUUUAUCACUUAUAUGAUGGAAAAGUAUGGAGAUGAUUAUAAGGCUAUGGCUAGGGAUAAAAAGAAUUAUUACCAAUUGACUUGGUGCCAAAUCCGAGGUAAAAUAAACAAAUUCAAAAGUAUACCAGAGCAGUAUGCAGAAUACCUUUUGAAGACUGGUGAAAUUGUACUCGAUGAUCCAACGCCGCUUGAAGCAACCAAGAAAAGGAUCGGCGAAGAGAAUGCAAUGAAAUAUUCUGUUCCGAACAAACAGAAAGUUGUAAAAAAAAGAAAAUCACUGUGGGAAGUUGAGUCCAUUGGAGAUGACGAUGAGACUGAUGAAUUCCAUAUUGGCAAUAAAAAUUUGAGUGAUGAUACAAACAAUGCCAAUAGUAUUCACAGCAAGAAUGGAUUGAAAAAAUUGAAACUAUUCUCUGACGAUGAGAGUGAUGCUGAACAUGCUGAUGGAUUUGUUAAUCUGAGCGAUAUGGGCGAGGAAGAACUUUCGGAAGAUGAUAUAUUAGACGAUGGUGAAUUCCUAACAGACAGCAAUGAUGAGAGUGAUUAAAAUAGUACCCUCUUUUUGUAUUGUACAAAAUUCAUAUCUUUUCUGACCCAGUAUUGCUGUAAAUAUAAUAAUAAAAAUUCUGUUAUAAAAAUCUAAAUUCUUUGGUAAAUGCACCAUCUAGAUUUUUCGUUUCUAUUUCCAUUUUAUUUGGUGCUACAGCAUUUUUAGCGGAAUGAAAACUCUGUGAUAUUAUUGAAUGAAUUUUUAUUAUAUUAAUGACAAGUAACAGUACAUCGAUUUCUCAUAUGGCACUACCCUGACGGUUAAAUGUUGUUUUCAUUUUCCUCAGAUUUUUAUCAAUAGAAAUUAUUACCAUUUUUGACAUGCAAAUGCCGAAGCCUGAAAGAGAACUACAUUUUAACACGAUACACGUUCACUAUUGACCCUGUGAAUUCAUGAGGAUUUUUUCUAUUAGCGAAAAUCAAUACAGGCAGUACCUCACGGGGUGUAAUAAUAAUUAAUCAUAGGUUUACAGAUUUGUAACAGUGAAUGCAAAUACAAAAGAGCCAAAAUAUGAGCGCUCUUCACACUUCAAAAAUAUAUAACUUUAAAAAAAUACACCUCACCUCAAUAUUGAUAUGAACCAAAUGUCUUAUUUUGUAAUGCGACUCAUGCAUACUUUUAUACAGUCUACGUGAAUACAUUAACAAUAAUUCAGAAGUUAUUUAUACUUCAGCUGCAAUUCUCAUUAAAUAAAUCUCAUUCCACCAUCAUUCAUAAUUACGAAUAAUUGAAACAAAUUUGUCUAAAUUUGAUUUUGGUUCUACCUUAUUAUAUCUUAUUCGUUUUAAUACUUGGUAUACAAUAGAAUGUAAGAUCAUUCGGUUGUCAAAAGAAAUCAGAGAUAAUUUGAUUCGUAUCAGAAUUGUGGUUUCCGUUUCUACAAAUGUUUCUUUCAUACAAACUGAUACAGUCCUGGAUACUACAUAAAAUGUUCAAGUUGUCAGCUUCGGUUCUCAUAAAUUUGAAAGAUCAGACAAAUUUUAACAUUUUAGUAACUGAAAACGUAUCAAAAUAUUAUCGGGUCGAAAGUAAAUUCGAAUCAACAUAAAAUACCGUAAUUGUAAAAAACUUCAACUACCUUUUCCAAGGUUCUCAGUGGGUAAUAUGCUCCGUACGAAUAUCUGGUUUAAGUAUGACUGUAUUCGACUAUAAUAGUUUAGAUUUCGCAGAAUUCAUCGUUGAGUUGCGUACAUAAUAAAUAGAAAAAAAAAACUAAGGAAAGCUCGUUGUAAAUCACGGCAAUAAAUUUGUAAUAGACGGAACAUAAUUCAUUUCAGAAACAAUAGUAUAGAAACAUGUAAAUUCUCUCUUGAUCCAUCCAUGACACCCUCCCUGAUUGCAAAUCUUCGAAGACCACCACCCGUAGACGUAAGAUUUACAAAUUUGACAGAAAAACAUUGACUGCAGAUGAGCUUGUGAAAUUGCAUUACAA